GAGUGCGCCCAGAAGACAGCGCAUCGAUGGUAGGCUCUACGGUGGGAUCUCAUGGGUCUUGGAGUGUUUUGGUCAACGAACAGACCAAUGUGGCUCCACCAGCCGGUCGGGGGGUGCCCAUGCAGUUCCCAACACCGAAGGCUCCUCCUCCUGGCUUUGGACCUGUGGACAAGCAAGCGGCUCUGGCGACUGAGGCUGACCCGGAACUGACUCAGAAUGUGCCACCACACGAUCCCCAGUUCUGGGCGGGGGUGUUUGAUCCACCCUCAACAGUGCCUGCAGCUCCUGCUACACAAGCAGCCAAAGCUCUUUGGGACAAUGCCCAGCAACAGGCUCAACGGUUGGCCAAGCAGAAAGCUCAGGCCAAACGCCGUGGACAGAGAGGGAUCCGAUGGGGGCAGAUGCCAGGGCUGAAUGCUCAGAACUUUCAGUUCAGCUCCCGAAUUUCAUUCAGCUAUCACAUGAACCUCUUUUACGUGAGGAUCCUCGACGGCUUCAAGCUCAUUUUGGUGGGGACCAUGACGUCCUAUGGCACGGUUCCUGCUGCCAGUCAAAGUGGAAGGGGAUUUGCUCUUGCACCUGAGCUCCGUGGAUACCGCUCGGACCAAGACAUGUCGGUCCAGCUCAACUACAUCAACGAUGUUAUGGUCGCAAACUUCAGGGACACGCUCUUCGUGCCGUCCUGCGUGGUCACGAUCUUCCAAGGUUGGCGAGUUGUGGCUACUUCGUUCGAAGUGGGCGGGCGCUUGUAUGCGUGCUCAGAAGGUGGCAUGGUGGCAGCCCUUGAUUUUCCACUAUGUCACUUUGAGGUGCGCAUGACAGCUCUGUCCUCCGCAGAUUCGAUCGGAAUGGACGCCGACAGGCUUGAGUUCAGAUUUCGAUCGUCUGGGGACAAGCUGGAUGUAGCCUGUUCACAGGCUGUGGUGCCUUCCACGUGGCUCGUGGUGUCACGGGUGUCAGGACCCACGCUCAUCAAGAAUGCUCAUUGGUGCCGUGAUCAUCACGCACGCAUCGAGGGCCCAGACCAGACUCUUCAGCUCUCGCAACUGGCAGGUGUUCACGCCCACUGGACUGCAACGAUCGAGGCAGGAGCUCUGGAAGAAACUGGCCCGAGGAUCAGUGCAGUGGCAGUGGAAUCACAUCCAGCCAAUGGUCACUUGACGUGCGAAGCUCCGCUCUUCAGGGCUCCCAAAGCGAUUGUGCCAGUGGAGGCGUUGGCUCUGCAAUGUCAUGAUCAACAGUUGGAGCAAGAGAUGCUGGUGCUCCCUCGUGUGCAUGGUGGUCCAUCAGUGGUGCCUGCAGCUCAGGCGACUUGCAGCCAACGAGCUCUCGCUGGGCCUUCAAAUCCAGCGUUGGUGGUGGCUCCCGUGGGACAGCGGCAGUGUCUGCCACAGAGCCCGGCCAGGCUCCUGGCGCGCAAGAAGUGGCUGGUGGCUCGAUCUUGGUUCAAAGGCGCUCUUUGGGGGCUCGUGCAGCUGAGAACCUUUCUGAGGCUGCUGGGACCCCUCAGACCUUUCUUGAUCGAGUUCAAGGCGAUUUUGCGCUCGCCAUACUCGAACCUGGCGCUGAUCGCUGCAAUGGAGGUGCACUCUGCUGGUGAGUUCGUGGUGAGAGUUCAUGAGUGGUCCUCGUCGGUUCCUGAAGACUCGAGGGAUGCACUGCUCACGAAUGGGUUCAUGCUGGAGCAAUACUGGAGUUUGGCUAGUUCUAUUGAAAAAGCUUUCUUUGAAUCUACAGCCAACCAGCUCGGCUUCGGCACGUGUGAUCCUGUUACAACAGCUCUGAGUGCAGAAACUGCCAGUGCUAGACAAGCUCGUGCGGUUAGAGCUCUGCUCGAGCGGCCUGCCCAACAGCCUAGGAAGAUCCUCAAGAAGACGGAGUCGGAUCCCUCAACCACGCCGUUGCUCAACCAGGCAGAGAUCGUCCAGAAACGGGCGACCACCCUGAAAGAGGCCAACCCGAUCCCGAUCGAGGUGAUAGGGUGCAUGGAGCAGUUCGUGGCCGAUGUUGAAGAGGCCGACGCAGCUCGUCUUUUUGUUUGGUGGUGGCUCUGCAUGGUCUUUGCCUCUUUGCGUUUUGACGAUGCUGUUCAUGUGAAGCCGCAUGAGCUUAUCCUCACGGAUGAAGGCUUGUUCGGCGAAAGGUCGAAAGGAAGAGACUACUGGAUGCGGGAUCUGAACACCCGCGACGCCUUCAGAGAUGCGCCGGCAGCCUAUCAACGUUCGGUUCAAUGGCUCCGCCACCUUGCCAAGUUCGCCUUGAAGAAGUACUUCCAGGGUGAGGAGCAGGCGAUCAAGCUGGCAGAAUCCAAGCUCCAUGGGAUUACUGCGCACUCUGCUCGUGUGACGCUUCUAGACGCAGCGGUGCAUGCUGGUCGCUCGACAGAAGAGAUCGGCUUGCAGGCAAACUGGAAAAAUCCGGGCCCGCUCGUUUUGAAGUACACACGGAAUCGCACCAGUGUGCCAGCUCAGAUGGUUCAGCAGCUCGUGAAGGACAUGGUCGACCACUCCCACCCCUUCGAGGUGCCAGCUGAUGCGGUGCUCGAUGAUGGCGCCGAGACUGCUCUUGAUGAAGUCCAGUUCUUUGUCAAGACUCAUGGCUCCAGGGCAAAUCAAGACUUUCGUUUCCAUUGCUCGCAGGUGGGCGAUACUUCAGUGGUGGCCUGUGGACGCCUCACGAUCGAGGAGUGCACGGAGACUGGCUCAGUUUUGCCGGACCCUUCACUGCUUUGCAAGCGCUGCGCCCAAGCUCGCCCUGACGUGGUGUCGAGGCCUCAGGAGCGUGGAAACAUUCGCGAUGCUGGGGGAUACCAUAGCCAUGGUCAAGCAGACGAUCAAGACUCUGAUGCCGGAUCACACCCAGCUCGGAGACGAUCAACCUGCUCAAGAACUGGCUUUGACCUCACUGGCAGCGGUUUGGAAGACAUGCUCUAUACUAUGCAGGACCAUUUCGCAGCUCGCAGAGCAAAGAUGGAAGAGGCUCCGUCAAAGGUGCCGGAGAUCCCUGGUGAAGACCAUGCUGAAUUUAGAGAGACGUUCGUCUCCAGGCACCCUGACGUUGUCCUUCCAGUCCAUCGUGAGCCUCACCGCAAGUUCGUUGAGAGAGUCCAAAGAGAUCACCUUGUCCAUGGUUUUGUUCACUUCUACGAGGUGGGUGAGAUCAGGACACGCAACGAGCAGAUCGCUCAGAAGUCCGGGCUCUCCAAGAACGCGGAAGAUCUGCUGCGAGUGGUGACGAUCGACCAGCCCGCGACCGCCAGUUCAGAGAGCCAAGUCAUGGAUAAGCUUCAUGCGUUCUUCAUCACCUUGGAGUACCUCAACAUUUGUGAGUUCUCUUUCAAGGCCGGUCCUCUCAAAUACCUGGCUGAACUGGAAGAGUGGCGGCAUGAGAACCGUGGCCUUGCUCUGCUCCUGGCAGCGGACUCGCUGAUCAGGAAGAAAGUUCAUAGGGUGAGCUCGGAUCAGCGGAAGAAGUUCGGCACCUUCUCUGCAGCUCUCUUGGAAGUGCUCACCAACCACAAACAGUUGUGGAAUGAUGCUCGCUCGAGUGCGGAACUGGACAAGUUCAAGCAGGCGGCGACAAGCGCCCCUACGACGCCGCCCAAGAAGCGAGCUCGGUCGACCUCACCACCUUCUCCACCAAGCACAGCCAAGGCCAAGAAGAAUCGCAAUCGGCGUGCUCGACAAAAAGUUCAACUUCAGCAGGCCAAAGCAGUUCUAGCAAAGCAAUCUGAUCGCGACAAGCCAGACAGCAAGGAGCCGUCUCGCGAUGCUCGUGUGCCCCCAGCAGAGUGGCAGAAAAUCACCUCGUUCAAAUAUGGUGGCCCCAAACGCUGCCCUUUCUUCAACUGCUCGCUGGGGUGCAGCAAUGACGGCUCUCUCAGCUCUGCUGAGCGCAGCUCGAGCCCUUCGUCAGUCGAAGGUUCCUUUGCUGGGUCUUGGGCCACAAUUUUGUCACAUCUGCCCUCUUUGCGGAAACAAGGGCGUUUCUUUUUGGAGCUCUUUUCUGGCACUGCAGGGAUCACGGAAGCUGUUCAGCUCACUGGAGUCCCCGUGCUGCCGCCCAUUGACAUUGUGCUCUCCGAAAUGGUCAAAGAAGUCUCAGAUGUGGUCGAUGCUCAGGUGUGGCAGCGUGUGUUGCGUGUGCUGCGCGAAGGAGUGGUGUUCUACCUGCACUGCGGCACGCCUUGCAACACUUUUUCUUCUGCUCGCAAAGAUGACGGAGGCCCACCACCUCUGCGCUCACUGGAGUGCCCAAUGGGAUUGCCGGAUCUGAGUCCUGACAAUUGGUGCUUGGUUCAGCUUGGCAACUUGUUUUUAGGUCAUACUUGUGAGGCUUGUGUCAUUGUUUUUGAUCAUGGUGGGGAUUUUUCUAUCGAAAAUCCUCUUUUGAGCCUGAUGUGGGUCACUUAUUUGAUGGAUAAUUUGAUUGUCCAUGCUCGGGCUCUGGCCAUUGACCUCGAACAAUGCGCAUUUGGGGCUCCCUCUCGCAAGCCUACUCGACUGGAGUGCUCCAACGAACUUUUUGAUCCUUUGGCCAUCACUUGCCCUGGCGGUCACGACCACAUCAAGCUCAAGGGCAAGGUCACCGACCCAGCAACGGGCAAGCGCGUGUUCAAGACCAAGGCAGCGCAGGUCUACCCUUGGGCUUUGUGUGCGGCGUUCGCCUCGGUGGUGCAUGCUCUUUGGCAGGAUCCUUUUCAACAUCUUCAGGCUUCUUUUCAGUUGGUUACGCCAGCCUCCGACCGGAAGCGGCAACUGGGAUCCUGCAAGCCGUGGCUGGGCCAUCGACAAAUGAGCUCCGCCCAACGUGCGCAGUGGGCCGGAUAUCAGCUCAAGCGUGGUGCAGCAAAGCCGCUCUUGCACAUCGAGAUGGAACCUGGUCAAGCCAUUGAGGCUGCGCUCCAUGUGAUCCAUCCUUUCACUUUGGCGGCUCCUUUGUCAGCCCCUGAAGAGAAAGCCUUAGGUGAGCUCCGGCGACCGGCGCAUGCGGUUGUUCAACAUCGAGGGCACUUGCUCCGCCGUUGGUCACAGAUCGCAGUCGACUUGCUGCCACAAUCUGUGCAAGCCAUUCGCCAAUUACCGGAUGCUCCCUUGAGGCGGCUCCUUCUUGGUGGGGCGGAUCACGAACCACCAGUUCUUGGUCAGGUUUGCCAUGUCGCGUUGUACGCAGCCAUGCUCGAUGCGUGCCAAUCAGUUGACCGUGCUUUGCCUCAGCUGCUCUUGGAAGGCUUUCCCAUUGUGGGCGAGAUCGCUCGCACAGGCCGUUGGCCAGCCUAUGACAAGCCUCAGAAGGAUAUCCCCGUUCGGGAAGCUCUUGGUAGGGCCUGGGCAAUCCGAAGGAAGAUCAUCCAGCGGGUCCUUCAAAAAAUUUGGGAGGCCUCACUCGAGGUCACGAAGAUCACUGAGAAGCUCCAGCUCCCCUCGACGGACACCAAUGUGGUGGCCCUGAGGAUGUUGAAGUCGAUCAAGCCAGAUGAAGAGUUGGCAGGCUGGGUGCUCGAUGAGCGGAAGGCAUACCGACAAGUGGCUAUUCGUCCUGAUCACCGCAGAUUCUCGGUCAUUUGUCUCAAGAACCCCAAGUCUGGUGCCCCAAACUUCUUUAUCAUGGUCGGUCACUCCUUUGGGCUCGUUUCUGCGGUCUAUAACUACAAUCGCCGUUCGGCUGCUAUCAACGAGUUCCUGGUGUCGUUGUUUGGAUUGGUUGCCUUCAGCUUCUAUGAUGACAAGUACGGGUUCGAGCCGAAGUCCACGGUGGAGAGCGCUCGCCUCGUGGCCGAGAGCGUCCAUUUUUGGCUUGGUGCUCGUUUUGAUCAGAAGAAGCUGCAACUGUCCGAGGCACCUACGAUCUUAGGAGUCACCUACAAUCUCUCGGCCAUGCAGCUGGAGAUCAAAGCCGAUCGCAAAGAGGAGAUCGCCAAUGAGAUUGAUGCCAUCCUUGCUUCAGGUCUUUUGGAUCCAGGCUCUGCCGGCAAGCUCAAAGGGAAGCUGAUGUUUGGCUCUUCUCAACUUUGGGGAAAAGUCGGUCGUGCUUUUCUGAGAGUUAUUUCUGAGAGGCAGUAUUUGCGUUUUCCUGUAGGUCAUGAGUUUAAACUAGACCCUGCUCUGAAGAAAGCUCUGAAUCAUUGGCGUAGGCUCGUUUUGCAUGGCCCACCUAGGCCGAUCGAAACUGUUUCAGAAAAGCUCGUGGAUGCCGUUGUUUUCACUGACGGUUUCACACCAGAUCCGAGAUCGAAUCAGCGCGAGCCUGAUCGUGUUGGCGCUGUUCUUUUUGAUCGUAGAAUAGGUAGGCCUAGGCAGUUCACAGCAGUCAUUCCUGAACGAGUCAAGAAACGCUGGCUCCAGCGUGCGACUCAGAUUGUUCCAGUUGAAAUGAUUGCUGCAGUCCUGGCUUUAGAGACUUUUGCCGAUCGACUGCGAGGAGUUGAUAUUUUGUUGCUCAUUGACUCUGAAGCAGUCGAAGGCUCCCUUAUCAAGGGAUACUCUAGUCGCGAAGAUCUUUGUGAGCUUAUUUCGGUCUUUUGGGACCUUGCCUUUCAGUUGAGAGUUCGAGUGUUUAUCGAUCGAAUUUCAACUGAUGCCAAUCCUGCUGAUUGGCCGUCAAGAGACAAGAUGUUCAUUGGCGAAAGCAUUGGAUGGGGGUUAAUGUCUUGUGGCCGCCGUCGCUCUCUCAGUGAGUGGAGGGCCUGGUCCGAUCGUUGGCCAUUUUGGCGCGAAGUACGUGAUCAGCUCCAGGCAUCAUCUCUCGAAAAGCCCAUCCCGCCCACCCUGGGUUACUUCGCGUGGCUCAGG